AAAAUUACAAAUCCGUCAUUAUUAUAUAUGUCCAUGAUGAACCAUGAUAUGUAAUUGGAUUGGAAUAAGGGCCCAUGUAACGUUUUUCAAAUACAUCUUUCUCCCUCCAUUUCUCCACAAGUCCUCCUAGCUUCUAGAGCCUCAGAGAUGGGGACUAUCUUGGCACCACCGACUUGUUUCCACACAAGAGUAACAAUCCGCAGCGCCAAAAGCAAGAAACAGAAACAGAAACAGAAACAGAAAAAUUCUCAACAGAAACAAAAACAAAAACAAAAACUUCACCAGAACAGAAACAAAACCACGUCCUUAUCUUUCCCAAAAUCGUAUCCCACUCCACUCCUCAUUGCCCAAAAAUCCUUCUCCCAAACCAAGCUCGAAGCCCUUGAAACCGUCGUCAAAGACAUCGAACUAUCCGUCGAAAAAGGCGUCGAAAUUGAGAUUGAAAUCUUUGCUUCCCUUUUGGAAACAUGCUACCAGUUGCAGUCUCUCCACCACGGCAUUCGCAUUCACCGCCUUAUCCCCGCCGGCCUUCUGCGAAGAAACAUCGGCCUCUCGUCCAAGUUACUUCGUUUGUACGCUUCCUCUGGGCGCGUCGAGGAUGCCCACGACAUGUUCGAUCAAAUGUCUAAGAGGGACAAGUUUGCAUUUGCGUGGAAUUCGCUCAUCUCCGGCUAUGCUGAAUUGGGUCAGUAUGAGGAUGCACUGGCUUUGUACUUCCAAAUGGAGGAGGAGGGUGUUGAGCCUGAUAGGUUCACUUUCCCCCGGGUGUUGAAGGCUUGUGGAGGCAUUGGUUCGAUUCUUAUCGGGAUGGCAGUUCAUCGACAUGUAGUGCGUUCGGGUUUUUGGGACGAUGGCUUUGUGCUCAAUGCUUUGGUAGACAUGUAUGCUAAGUGUGGUGACAUUGUGAAGGCUCGUAGGGUUUUUGAUAAGAUUAGUAUCCGGGACUUGAUCUCUUGGAAUUCAAUGCUGACGGGCUACAUCCGUCACGGGCUUUUGAUUGAGGCUUUGGAUAUCUUUCGUGGAAUGAUCCGAGAAGGGCAUCAGCCGGAUUCGGUUGCUGUAUCCUCCAUUCUCAGCAGGAUGACAUCAUUGAAGCUCGGAGUUCAAAUCCAUGCAUGGGCCACUCGGCGAGGGAUCGAGUGGAACUUGUCCAUUGCUAAUGCCUUGAUUGUUCUAUACUCGAACCGCGGAGAGUUGGAUCGAGCAUGUUGGUUGUUCGAUCAAAUGCCUGAAAGAGACGUUGUGUCGUGGAAUUCCAUCAUUUCCGCUUAUUCUAAGGACCCAAAAGCGAUAGUUUAUUUUGAGGAAAUGGAGAAAACUGCUAGUGCUUUUCUGGACAGUAUUACUUUCGUGUCGUUACUAUCUACUUGUGCCCAUUUGGGCUUGGUGAAUGUUGGGGAGAAAUUGUUUUCUGUUAUGAGAGACAAGUAUGGAAUAAGACCAAUCAUGGAACAUUAUGGUUGUAUUGUGAAUCUUUAUGGUAGGGCAGGACUUAUCAAAGAGGCUUAUGGCGUGAUUGCGGAGGGAAUGGAGUUUGAAGCUGGUCCAACUGUGUGGGGGGCUUUACUAUAUGCUUGUUACAUUCACAACAAUGUAGAGAUAGGAAAGGUUGCUGCCGAGCGACUUUUCGAGUUGGAACCCGACAAUGAACAUAAUUUCGAGCUUUUGAUGAAGAUUUAUGGCAACGCAAAUAGAUCGGAGGACGUGGAGAGGGUGAGGAUUAUGAUGGUUGAAAGAGGAUUGGACUCGUAGACUUGUAUGUAUGUACAACUAAGGUUUAGUGUCAAAAAAUUUAUCCUUUUUUCUCCGCUUAUCACAUGUAAAG